AUGAGUUACCGCGGAAGAGGACGAGGUGGUGGAUACAACAAUAACUACCACAACUCUCAAGGUAGAAACUCAUCGGCGAAUUACCAGCAAAAUGUUGACUCGUUUGCUGCAGCCAAUGCAUACCCCAUCGAAAUAAUGGGUUGGAACGGCGCAAGUCUGACUGAAUGUAUCAAUUUUAUAUCACGAAAAUGUAAAGUCACAGUAUCCAACUAUUCGGUGGAUAAAAACACCGGCGUAUUACGAGGCUAUGUGAGAAAUGAGUCUCAAGCGAACGAAUUGGUGAAUUGGUCUGGUGUCAAGUUUGCAGGCCAAUCGUUGAGAUUCACCAAAGGACCUUCAGCAUUGCUGGACAAGAUGGGAGGUAACUCUUCAACUGGUUCAGGUUCAACGAUUGAGACAAUUACCAAUUUUUUGAAAUCGAGGUACCAACCGGAGUUGCGAAUGUUAAACUUGAGUAGUGUCAAACAAGAUCCAAAUUUGAACAAUCAGGGUUUCUUUGGCUCCGUUUCUUUGACGUCGAAGUUCUUCCCAGCAUUGAUGAAAAUAGCUCUGGACUUGAAACUCGAUGUUGUGAGCGUAGAUUUAUCAAAUAACGAAUUGAGUGAUUUAUUAUCACUUAGUUCCAUGGCACAAACAUUCCCUCGAUUACAAAACCUCUCGCUAGUUAAUAAUCGCUUUUCAAAAAUCAAAGUUUUUGAAACUUGGAGACACAAGCUAAAUUUUCUUCGCGAGCUUGUACUUUUCAAUAAUCCAUUAGUGCAAACAACCAAUCCCACUGAAAUACAGAGUAUUAAACUAGAGUUGAUGAAAAGUUUUCCCAGGCUCGUUGUGUUGAAUGGAGAAGUUUUGAGAAAUGAACAAAUUCUUAAUGUCAAUACUACAUUCCCAUUUGAGAACCCACAAACAAUGUUUUUCCAAGACGAUGAAGUGAAAACAAUAUCAACAAAUUUCAUAACUAAUUAUUUGAACUUAUGGGAUAGUGAUCGUGCCAAUUUAAUGGUGCUCUACCAAGGCGAAUCACAAUUCUCCAUGCAGUUAGACUCGUCACACCCAUUCUUGAUAGAUGAUUCCAAUAGCAACGCAUCAACAGAUUAUGGAAACUACCUCAGCAACUCGAGAAAUUUGGCGCGUAUUUCAUCAGCAAAAACGCGAACGGAUAAAGUAGCCAAAGGUCCUGAAGCCAUAUAUAAACAAUUUCAGCAGUUGCCAAAGACAAAACAUGAUAUAGCGAAUAAACCCGAGGAAUUUAGUAUGGAAUGCUACAAGUUCGCACCUCUUGGUGGUAUCUUGAUAACUAUACAUGGUUCAUUCGAAGAGACUGCGCAACCAGAGGUUCAUGGACACCAAGAUUCGCAUUCUAGAGGCGGUAAUUCAAAUCGAUAUCAAAGUUAUAACCGGCCCAAGAAGGUUGCAUUGUCAAAGAAAAACUUUGAUAGGACAUUCUUGGUUUUCCCUGGUCCUAAUGGGAGUAUGAUUGUGGCAAGUGAUUUGCUUUUGAUAAGACCCUAUACGUCUGAUUCACCAUGGAAGCAACAGCCACAACAGCCACAACAGCCACAGCAGUUGCAACAAGCACAACAAGCACAACAAACACAAGUACAAGUACCCAACCCAAUACAUCCGUCUCCAGUAGGUGCUCCACAACUCAACGCAAUACCUCCAAUCGCUGGUUUGAGUCCUCAACCAGUACCAUCAACGAAUGGUGGUGUUAAUGCCGGUGUUGGUGUUGGAGCUGGCGCACCUUCUGCCACACCUACUGUGAAUGACCUCCCCGCAGAGUUAAAGACCAGGUUGCAACCUUUGCAACAAGAAGUAUUAGUAAAGAUAAUUCUCGAGACGAAACUUAAUUUACAAUACGCAUUGAUGCUCUGUGAGCAAAGUGCAUGGAAUUACGAGCAAAGCAUAGUGAAUUUUAAAAACUCGGCAGGCUCUUUACCAAGUGACGCGUUUGUUUAG